AGCCGUCCUGUGUUCCCUUCCAUAUGGUAAUCAACCAACCUUGUCCCUUUCACUCCUUUCUUUUUGUUAAAACAUCUUUCUUUUUCUUCUUUUCCUAUCUAUCGAUUCCUUGCGCUAAAUUUUCCACCCCCCAUCUCCCAUUUUUAUUUUUGUUGAUGAUAAAUGGGUCUUUUUUUUUUUCCAAUCAUUUUUUGCUGUCUGUCUGGGGUCACUCUCUUCUUCUUGUUGUUGUUCUUCUUCUUCUUCUUAAGAGUACAGUACGGCUUUUGUGGCCCUUCAAAGCUAAUGGGGAUUAAGAGCUGAAGAAAGAUGUGGAUUAUGAGUUUAAAGUCCAUAGCUUGGAGAUCUUGAGUUGGGUGUUUGGAUAUUCGAUGAGUUUCAGAUGUUUUGGUGCGUUUGAUUGGUGCAAAGGGAAGAAAAGUGAUGAUCAGACGCAGGCACAACAGAUUGCCACCAAUAAUGUAAGGCGCUUUUCUUAUAAUUCAUUGAGAUCAGCAACAGCGGAUUUCCAUCCAUCAAACAGAAUAGGUGGAGGAGGUUUUGGAGUUGUCUACAGGGGAGUUUUAAGGGAUGGCACUCAAGUAGCCAUCAAGACUCUCUCAGCUGAGUCUAAACAAGGAACACGUGAAUUCUUGACAGAGAUGAAUAUGAUUUCAAAUAUACGGCAUCCAAACCUUGUUGAACUCAUUGGAUGUUGUGUUGAUGACAAUCAUCGGAUAUUGGUUUAUGAGUAUUUGGAAAAUAACAGCCUUGCCAGAGUUUUACUUGGUUCAAAAAGUAAACAUGUUUCUCUGGAUUGGCCUCAGAGAGCUGCUAUUUGCUUGGGUACUGCUUCUGGUCUUGCUUUUCUCCAUGAUGAAGCAGACCCAAAUAUUGUCCACAGGGAUAUCAAAGCUAGUAAUGUACUUCUUGAUAAAAACUUUCAUCCUAAGAUAGGAGAUUUUGGGCUUGCCAAACUUUUUCCAGAUAAUGUUACUCAUGUCAGUACUCAAGUAGCAGGAACAGUGGGAUAUUUGGCCCCAGAAUAUGCCCUUUCAGGACAACUUACUAAGAAGGCAGAUGUCUAUAGCUUUGGGGUGCUCAUACUUGAAAUAAUUAGCGGCAGAAGUAAUAGUAAAGCUGCGUUUGGGAAGGAUAUGUUGCUUCUGGUUGAAUGGGCAUGGAAACUGAGAGAAGAAGAAAGGCUUCUGGAUAUUGUCGAUCCAGAACUAACCAAAUUUCCAGAGAAGGAGGUGAUCCGCUUCCUCAAGGUUGCCCUUCUCUGCGCCCAAGAAGCUCCACACCAAAGACCAGACAUGAAACAAGUCGUGGAGAUGCUCUCCAGAGAAGUUCACCUCAAGGAAAAGGCACUAACUAAGCCUGGUGUGUACAGGGGACGCCACUCUCAGCACUCAGGUGGCGGCAGUUCAGGGGAGACAUCUUCGCUAAAGAACAAAGACAAACAAUUAGCAGAACCUUCAUCCCAGAUAAUUAGCUUUUCCAGCAUUACACAAAUGUUCCCUAGGUAGCUUGAACCCUCAUUUUUCCCCUUGAUUCCCAUUUUUGCUCAGUUUCCUGAUGAUCAUUUUGAGUUAUACCAGCAAAAGCGCGCACAUUAAUUCCCUGUCUAUAACACUUGCAAUUAACGAUGAGAAAAUUUAUGUCUAAGAAAAUAAUGCUUUUCCC